AUGUUGACCCAUGCUAUAUACAAUCAAUUGCUCACCAAGAAUGUCAGAAUAGAGAUCGUAUAUGAAAGCAGUCCUGUAUUUGCUGAUGAAGAAGUAUCUGCUAUAGUGAGGUUUAGACACCUGGGGGAGCCAAGUAAACAAACAAUACAUCAUAAUGCUAGUGAGUCAAAUACCAAUGGCCAUCAAGAGCAACAGCAAAAUUCUGCUCAGUCACACGAAUCAGAACCAGAAGGUGGGUGGUUUGGAAAAAGGAUCUCAAUGCAAUUGUCAAAUGCAACCAGAGCUUUGUUCUUAGAAGAGGCUGAAAAGACUGAAAAGAAACCUGCCUUGAGAAAUAGACCAGUUGAUUUCUUGAGUGGAUAUGUUCAACUAUCUGGAUUCUUCACAUAUGAUGAGCAAGUUGUUGAUGGUGAAAAGCUAAAAGAUUUUAGAAUGAAGGCUGCUGUUGCUGGUAGAAUUGGUGGGUUAGAAGGACUUGAACUCUCCAAGAAUUUGAACGAAGGUGUCUUUGGAAGACUAACUAGUGGUAUUGGUAAUCUAUUGAACACUAGUAUUGAUGAAUUAGCUGCCGAGGAUCAAGACAAAAAGAAAGAAUUAGAAAAACUCGUGCCGUUUUUUUCAACAUCUCAAUCUCUAUUAUUUAGUGAGUUACAUUUGGAAUCUGGCGAGGUUAAAACUUUUUAUUUCAAGUGCAAACUACCAAAAACUUUACCACCAUCAUACAAAGGAAGCUCUAUAGGCAUUAAUUACCAUUUGAUUGUUGGUGCAUCUUUAAAUAAAAGCAUUCCAAAACCAUUAAAUUUGCAUUUCCCUUUGAAAAUUUACCCAAAUUUUGAUGAAGAAGGAUACCAACCAAUUUCAAAUCUAGACAAAUUCAUAUUACUACCCCCUGAUAAAAUUUUGAAUGAAGCCGUUCAAGUCUACGGUGGCAGAAGAACAAGUUUCAAAACGAUUAAGAAGGUUAUUUUAACUGAACCAAAACUUACACAAAACACCAAAAAGGAAAAAUUCAUUAGUAGAAUUGAGCAUUUGAUAGACAAUGAAAAAGAUCAAGAUCUAAAUAUCAACGAUUUUAAAGGAAUAAAUUCCAAGGAGACUUUAACAGCAUUCACAGAGAGUAUCAAUAAUAGAGGAGAAAUCGAUGAAAACAUCCCAGUAAGGGUUCAAAAAGAUGGAUAUACAUUUGAAAAGCAAGUGACAAAGAUUCAGACUCAAUACAUAAUAAGCCGAAAUGGCCAAAGUAUAACAACAUUGACAUUUUCCAAACCCUUUUAUAAAAUUGGUGAAGAAAUCAAGCUUUCAUUGGACUUACAUGAUAAAGAUUUACAAACAACAGGUGUUUUAAUUUCAUUAGAAAGUUUGGAGUUGAUUAGAGAUUCAUUUUCAGCAGAUUUAGAUAUGACAAAGACAUUACCAAGAUCACUUGCCUUUUACAAAGAAUCAUAUCCAACUUAUAAUGUGAAAAACUUGCCGGUUAAUAUCCCAAUCCCAUUACAUGCAACUCCACAAUUUAAAACUAACAUCUUUGAGUCAAGAUGGUGUUUAUCUCUUAAAUUUGUUUUGAGUCAAGAUGAAAAGUAUGAAGAGGUUCACUCCGAUGAAACAGGAAGUAUGCUUAAUGCAAAGGAAAAUAUCAGCGGGACUGAUUUCAUUUGUCGUUUACCUAUUCCUGUGUUGCCAUCGGAUCAAGAUUUUGGAGGAAUUACAACUUAG